UUUAGAUUUUUCUCAGUUUUGUCUGAGAUUCAUAAAACAUGGGAAUCGAUGCCAAAGAUAUUGGAACUCUUGUCUGGAAAAUUCUCAGAAUCACCACGAACAAUGUUUACACGUGCGUAAGAAGAUACCCAGUUGUUUCUUUAGUUUCUGCGGCCACCUUCCUCCUAUACACAUUCCUUCCUCUGCUCUUCUACUUCAUCAUCUGCUCUUCUCCGUUCAUCGCAUGUUCUGUGUUUUAUCUUCGAAACCAUUUAAGAUCCAAGCCUUCAAAGAUCGAAACUAUCAACACGGCUAAUGCGUUACCACAGUUUUCGCCAGAGGGUUCUGAGAGAGGAACAAGGAGAGCUGACUUAAAGCACCAACGAAGCGUUAGACGAAACGCGAGAAGGAAAGUUGAGGAGGUUGGCAAAGACUGGGACUCUUCUCAGGCUAGCGAGGAUGAGAGAGACCAAGUCAUUUUAACAACUCUCUACGGUGAAUUCCCCAACCCUCAAAAAUUUAAGAAAGACAGAGCCUUCCUUACGUCGCAAGAAUACUCCUUUGAGCCUAACCUAGACGAAGAAAAGAGAGACAAAGCCUUUCUUGCGUCGCAAGAAUACUCCUCUGAGCCUAACCUAGACGAAGAAAAGAGAGACAAAUCCUUUCUUGCGUCGCAAGAAUACUGCUUUGAGCCUAACCUAGACCAAGAAAAGAAAAACAUAGCCUUUCUUGCGUCGCAAGAAUACUCCUCUGAGCCUAACCUAGACGAAGAAACUUCUUUUGCAACCACUGGAAAUUUUUCUGUUCUACAUCCAUAUGAGAGGCUUACGAGUGGAGGUGGUGAAACUGAAGUUGAGUGUUCAUCAUCAUCAUCAUCAUCAGAAGGAGAAGAAGAAGAACCUUUCCCUAAAGACACCAAGAUCAUAGCUUGGACCGACGAUGAUCAGAAGAAUCUAUUGGAUCUUGGAAACUCUGAGAUGGAACGUAACAAGAGACUAGAGCAUUUGAUUACUAGAAGAAGAACGAGGAGACAAGUCUUACUUGCAGCAGAGAGAAGCCUAAUGGAUAUGGAGGUUCCUCCUGUUUGUGUUGGAAGAAACUACUUCGGUUUGGAUCAUGAUGAAAACUAUAUGAUUGAUGGGCUUCAAAUGCCUGAGUCUGCACCUUCUGUGUUGUUACCAACAAAGAACCCAUUUGAUCUUCCUUAUGAUCCACAAGAGGAGAAGCCUAACCUCUCAGGUGAUAGUUUUCAUCAAGAGUUUUCUUCAGCUAACCCUAACCCUAGUGAAAGCUUCUUCAGCCACCAUGAGAGCUUCUGCCGCAGAAACUUUCCUCCAUCAGAGGUUGACUCCAGAUUGGAACAGUGGAAAAAUUCAACUGAUGGCUUGCUUAGACCACAACAAGGUAGUGAUUAUGAUGGUUUGGUUGAGAAGAAACAACCUCUAAAAAUAGCAGAAACAAAAGAUAUGGAGACAGAACACAUGGCAGAGACCGUUGUGAGUGAUUUAGACACAUUGCUUGCUCCUCAAGAAAUGGCAAUUACGGAUACCAACGUCUUGGAUCAAGUAGAUUCUUCUGAAACUUCUGUAAAACCAAAUGGUGAUCAACCUGUUGGAAAUGCUUUAAAGGGUGUGAUUCGUAGAAACACUGUGACACGUUCGACUUCAUUAGCACCAGAAAGGCAAAUAUACAUGGAACAUUUUGGUUACAGCACAGGGAAAGGACAUAAGGUGACAAAAUCUGGGGAAUCUGAUCUUCAAGUUGAGUUUUCUGAAGUGGGAUCACCUCCCACUACAGUUGAUUGGAAUCAUUCUUCUGAUGAUGAUGAGAAGUCACUCUUUGUCAACGAGUCAGACACAGGUAAGGAGGAAACAGUGUUUAGUGGCGAGGUAAAUGAGGCUAAAGAGAAUAGUCUUGUGGAUGGAGCUGCAGAAUCUCAAAUGUUACCAAUGGAGAAACUUGAUCAAGAUUUCAAUAUGAGUUCUCAAGAAAGUGAUGCAGCCAAACAAUUUGAGGAACAGGAGAGAUCAAAAGCCAUAGAGGCCACAGUUCCUCACACCAAUGAAGUUAUACUAGAGGAACCACCUGAACAUCUCACAAACUUGGUGGAUGAGACGAAGAUGAGUUAUGAGUCUGAUGAACCUGGACCCUCUGAGAGAAGAGCCAAUCAAGAGAUGCAAGAGAUAGUGGAACUAGAAGCUUCAGUUGUGAAUCAUGUCACAUCUGAUGAUUCUGAUACUUCACCAACAUCUGUGUUACCAGACAUCUCGUCACCAUUAGGCCAGACUUUGACUUUAACCUCUGAGAAUUUGGAACUUGCAUCAGGUAGUCAACCGGGAGCUGUGAUUCCAGAUCAUGAACCAUCUCAGAGUCAAUUAGGUGAUAGGAACAGUAUAUUAACAGAGGUGAGCCCUAUGUAG